AUGAUCAGUCAAAAUGAGGAAGCUAUCCAGAAGGCUGUGUAUGCGGAUUUGAAAAAGAGUCCCGAGGAGGUUUGGUUAGCGGAGACACAAGCCUCAAUCAACGGCAUCGAUAGCAUGAUAGCCAAUGUUGAUAGCUGGUCAAGGGCAACUCACGUGGACACUGACGUUUUCAACUAUCCGGCCACCUCAAUGAUUAAACCGGAACUUAUGGGCACGGCCCUGACAAUCGGUUGCUAG